AUGGGCUCCACCUAUGAAGAAGUGAAGGACCAUGAAGCCAACACUAUGUCACAACAUUUUGUAAGGCAAUUCAUAUGCCUGCAUGGGCAACCGCAAUCACUAGUUACAGACUACGGAACAGAAUUCCUCAGCAAAGUUUUCAAAGAAGUUUGUAAACUCUUCAAAAUCUCACAGACAUCUACUACACCAUACUAUCCGCAGAUCAAUGGAAGUUUAGAAUGUGGUCACAGAACUCUAGGCGAAUAUUUAAGAAACUACUUUAAUAAAAACCCGAAGAAUUGGAACACUUAUAUCCUUUAUGCCAUGUAUUUCCACAACUCGUCAGUACAUUCAUCCAUGGGUUACCAGCCUCAAAAAGUAGUUUACGGAUACCAUCUUGUUAUACCAGUCCAUACGAAUUCUCCCAACGUCACUAUUCCCAAACGUAAUGAGCAGACGCGAUUACACAGGAACUUGUUAAGAUUAUUCCACGAGUGA